UGAUUUUAUAUUAAAUCUCAUAUGUUUAUUGAAGCCUGAUCACUUUGUUUUAGUUGCUUUGUAUCUUUAAAGUCAGCAUGAAAUCAGAGUUGAUCUUAUUUACUUCAGAUUUACACAACCAUCCAAAAGUUUGGGGGACAGGUGUCCUCGCCAUCAUGAAGUUGAAUGAGAGGAGCGUGGCGCAUUAUGCCACAUGCAACUCUCCUCCAGACAAGACAGGCUUCCUCUUUAAGAAAGGGGAACGGAACACGGCGUACCACCGCCGCUGGUUUAUCCUGAAGGGCAACAUGCUGUUCUACUUCGAGGAGAGGGAAAGUCGAGAGCCCAUUGGCGUCAUCGUCCUGGAAGGCUGUACGGUGGAGCUCUGCGAGUCCGAAUCUGAAGAGUUCGCCUUCGCCGUCAAAUUCGACUGCAUCAAAGCGAGAGUGUACAAGAUGGCUGCGGAGAGCCAGGCCGGGAUGGAAUCGUGGGUCAAGGCUCUGUCCCGAGCCAGUUUCGACUACAUGCGCCUGGUUGUGAAGGAGCUGGAGAGGCAGCUGGAGGAGGUACGUGAAGCGAGAGCGUUACAAGCCAAAAGCAGGGCGAAGAAACAACAGGGGGUAGAAGCGGGCCCUCGAACCGCCACCCCGUCCCUACAGAACGCUGCCAUAACGGGGCCUUCGCAGGAGGGGCUGUCUAGCAGAGAAAACGGGGUGACUUGGAGUAAACACACCAGUUUGGCAAACGGUGUCAGCGAGGGAUGUGGCUGGGACGGGGACUGCAGCGCGCGGGCAAGUGGAGUCAGACCACCUCCGGUGCCUCCGCGGAGGAAGACCAACGGCGGGUCGCUCGAGAGCCCCGUUUCUCCCGGCACGAGCUGCUUCUCCAAACUACACGAGUGGUACGGCAAAGAGGUGGCUGAACUGAGAACGGAAUGGCUGCAGAGUAAAUGAAUGAAGCUGGACAUCUGCAAGAGACUCAACAUGUGAGCAGCCGCACGCAUACCAAACUUGCGAUCAUGGUUUAAAGGGACACUUCACCUAAAAAUGUCAAUUCUGUCUUUAUUUGAAGAGUUCAGAUGCAAAAGCCUCUA